UACACUCGAUACAAAACUGAAAAUCACUAUAUGUUAUAUAAUAAUCUCGGAAAAUAACAUUUAAUAAUUCAAAACAGUAAAUAGAGAUUAUAUUACAUGUGUAGAAAGUAAGAUUGCGUCGAUUCAAAUUGAUUUCAUAGCAAGAACAUUGGAACAUGGCGUUGAAACUGGUCAGUCGACUGCCAAUUGAUUCGACCUUCAGCCAUUUGAGCCAUUUGGUAGCCACCGCCCGACCGGGACGAUCGUCUUUUACUUUGCUCGCACGAACGUUAGCUGUUUCUGCCAAAAUGACGUCUUUGCCACUGGUCUUCUUUGAUAUGAAAUCCAAUGAUAAGCCUGUGGGUCGGAUCGUGAUGGAGUUAAGAAAAGAUGUGGUUCCAAGGACUGCAGAAAACUUCCGAGCACUUUGUACUGGUGAAUGUGGUUUUGGCUACAAAGGAAGCACUUUCCACAGGGUGAUCCCAAAUUUCAUGUGUCAGGGUGGCGAUUUUACUAAUCAUAAUGGCACUGGUGGAAAAUCCAUUUAUGGUGGAAAAUUUGACGACGAAAACUUCCUUUUGAAGCAUACCGAACCUGGUAUUCUAUCUAUGGCAAAUGCUGGUCCUCACACUAAUGGUAGUCAAUUCUUCAUUACCAUCAACAAGACAAGCUGGCUCGAUGGCAAGCAUGUUGUAUUUGGAAGAGUUAUUGAAGGAAUGGAUGUUGUUAAAAAGCUGGAGGCAAUGGGAUCAGAGAGUGGCAAAACUUCAAAGAAGAUCAUCAUAGCUAAUUGUGGACAACUGUGUUCAUCGUUUGACUAGAUACUGUAAUAUCUCUCCAUUUUUAUUUAGCUGUUGCAUACAACUGUUGCUGUCUUUAUCAUAUAACUCGUCCAUUCCAAUCAUCACCUUUUUUCUUUAAUAUCAUUUUAAUACUCUGUAAAAAAAAUGUACAUCUUUGAAGUGGAAACAAGUCAUCUACACUGUAUUAUCUUUGACUACAAAUAAUAGAAAACUAAAUACACUACAUCUUUUUAUUACUAGA